UGUAUCUGUCCAGCCGACUCUUACGGCGAAUGGGGGAUUCUCAUCAAUAUAUUCCCCGGGUACCAAUGCGCGUAUCCCAACGGUGCCUGCGCGUGGAGCGACGUCAGCGGCCGACUCCAAAAUACUCCGCAAGGGAACUGUGAAGCUUAUGCCCCAUGUCCCAGUACCGGAUGCACUUGCCCGGACGAUCUCAACGGAGACGCAGGUGUCUUGAUUAACUACUUCAGAGGCUAUCAAUGCGCCUACCUCCGAGGCAUUUGCACUUGGGAU